AUGGCCACGAAACCAGCUUCCUUCGUCACGUUUGGCAUGUUCAUAGUCGACGAGAUCGAAUGGCUGCCACCAAGCACAAAGGAGCGAAAAACAAACCUCAUAGGCGGGGCUGGAACAUACGCUGUCCUUGGUGCUAAGUUGGCCUCUUCUCCUUGUCAAAUCAUCUCUAAGAACAUAUCCUGGAUUGUUGAUGUAGGCUCGGACUUCCCUUCAGUGAUCAGAAACAACAUCGACGAAUGGAACACAGACUGUAACUAUCGCGUCGACGACACAAGACUUACCACUCGCGCCUGGAAUGGCUAUGGAGAGAAUGAGCUCAGAUCAUUCAAAUACAUCACUCCCAAAAAGAGAUUGGAGGUUCAGGACUUGAGCUCGAGACAGCUGCUCAGCAAGUCUUUUCACAUGUCUAGCAGGGAGAAGAUCAACCUGCCAGCUCAAAUGCCUGUCAUCGUCUGGGAACCUAUCCCCGACCUUUGUUUGCCUGAUCAAUUGGCCACUCUGCAGUCUGCAAUGCAAGGGUGCACCAUCGUCAGCCCCAACCACGAGGAGCUCAAAACGUUCUUCAAUGCCGACGUAGCCAACAAUGAAGAACCGGCGCUCCUGGUCAAGCGACUAAUGGGUUGGAAGCAGACCCACGAGUCUCCCAGCACCUUGACCACCCCUAUAGUUCGGGAAGGAGCCAAUGGCAGCACAGCAUAUUUCCAUCACCGCCACACCGACACGAUAUCUAGUGUUCAUCUUCCAGCAUACCACACUUCGGAAAUGCAAAGCCUGGUCAUCGACCCAACAGGAGGCGGUAACACAUAUCUCGGAGCUCUAGCCAUCGCUAUGACGGACGCUUUGCAGAGUCAACCGACCUACGCACUGAUCAAGAAAAACAUCGGUACUGCCAGCACCGUUGCAACAGCGAUGAUCUACGCCACUGUUGCGGCAAGCUUCGUCAUCGAGCAGCACGGCGUGCCGAACCUCGAUCGAACAAAAGUAUUCACCGAGAUCUUCGAAUACUGGAACGGACAAUCGUUCAUCGAUCGACUCAAGGUUUAUCUUCAGCGGGAAUCAGAAGCUAUCAAACGACAGUUGAGCUUGAUUCCUGGUUGA